AUGAUGCCAGAAGCUACUUUCAAGCGCCAGAACGACGGAGUUUCACCAGCCCCGCUGAAGAGAGCUAGGGACACGAUUACUUCUGAGGAAGUAUGGCAGCUUUUAAGCAAUGAAUGGAGAAGCCCGUUGCCAGACACGUCGGUGAUGUUCCCGUGGUUGCACGGCGAUAUGCAGGAAGUGUUGCCCGAAUCGUAUAUGGACGAGACUAAGAGCCAUGACUUUGACCGUUUCAAUGUGUCGAUAGUCAGGUCUAACAUCAAGGAGAGCAAGUACAUCGAAAACUCAGGCCUAUUGAAGUCUUCGUUGGAGAUAUUUGAUAUUUUGCUACCGUACACCAAAGAGCAUUCGAUUGACAGCGUAAUUAGAGACGUAUUAAAACCCUUCACAAGUGUUACUGAAAGCGAGAUUGCACAACUCAUUGACGAUUGUGUGCUGUUUGAAACGUUGCCCUUGUUGAAAACGGAUCCAUUCCACUCUGUGUACAAUUCCCAGAGUAAUUCUGUCAAAAAUAACUACCAGAAAUGGAAACAGCCUAACACUUUCCGUCGCUUUGAUUUACAACCCGCAUUGCACUUCCAUUUAUCCAAACUGUGCGUUGUUUAUUGCAUAUCCAACUCGUGCUCUUGUGAACGUUUAGUGAACAUUCUCAGGUGGUCAAGAAAAUUAGCUAAACUACCUGAAUGCCAAUUCAAGAUUCUGCGAGGGGAAAUUCAAGACAAAUUGUGGGGUACUCCACCAAUCCUGUUGUCAUCGCUGCAAAAUAAAAAAGGUCUAUGCUCAGAGUUUGACUUGGCAACUUUCAAAAAUUGGGAUCGCGAUAUGUAUUAUACAGAGCGCUUAGAAGUCAGCAAGAUGAGUAGUGCGUCAAAAGUUGAAAAUAUAUGGUGCGGUAACUCUACUGACGCUGAGAUAUGGAAAAUGGGAAGGUUUUCGAAUGAAGUAAGCGAUGAAAACGGGGAUCCCAAUAACAAUUGUAAUAAUAGUGACGAUAAUAUUAAUAACAAUGUUGACGAAAACAUCAAAGGCUUAACUUCCUCGCAAGAUAAUGCGACUUCCAACAAAAUUCGCCCUGCUUAUUAUGAGCCUUCAAAUUCUAUCGUAAAGGAAACAGAUCUACGUGACAGUGUUCUGUUUAGUAUACCUCCAAAAUCAAACGAUUGGCGUCUAUUCAUAAAUUGUUUUGAAAGCGCUCAGUUACCACCGCUCGACAAAGUGGUAGAACUUAUUAGAAUACCGGAGAAUUCCCCUAUAUGGUUAACAUUCCCUAGUUCAGGUUCUAUAGGCCUGGGAAACUUGAACUUGGAGUCCAUUCAGACGAUUUUGAAUAUUUGCCAUUUGUUACAUUCAUAUCCUCAAAACUCAUUACUUUUCUCGCCAGAUGGUUAUACAGAGACAUCUUUCUUGUUAGUUGCAUACCUUAUUUUCAAAUUGGACAAAUCUUUGGAUGAUGUAAUAUUUGCACUUCAUACUGAUUACAAGAGACCGUUUUUCUUAUUCAUGGUGGACAUUCAAGUGCUAGCACAUUUAGAGACUUUACUACGACAAUACUCGCCUUUGCGAAACAAAGAUCGUGAUCCAAAUAUACCAUUAACGAUAGACUCAGAUACGUUCAGCAAGAUAUUUUUCAUAAAACCACCUACAAACUCACCAUUCUUAAAAUGUAAAGGUCCUUUGCCAUCUAGGAUUUUACCACACCUUUAUUUAGGAUCAUUAAAACACGCCCAAUGCCCGGAAAUGUUAAAAAAGCUCGGUAUUAAAAACAUAGUUUCGGUUGGUGAAUCUGUAUCAUGGUGUAGACCAAGAGCUCACACCUUCAAUGAAGAAGUUAAGGUGCCCCUUGCUCAGGACAUGGAAAGAAGACGUAGUAAUUCCUUACAAGCCGUACCUACCACAACUAAUAGUACUCCCAACAAUCAAUCAACAUCUGCAAUUAAUAUCACUGAGCAUGACGGCUUCAGGGUGUGCCAUAUUGAUAACCUUGGAGAUAACGGUAUGGAUCCCAUGCUUCACCAACUUGACAUGGUCCUUAACUUUAUCGAUGAUUGUUACAAGAGAGAUGAGAAGGUUUUUGUUCACUGUAUGGUAGGUGUUUCUCGCAGUGCAACAGUUUGCAUAGCUGAAUGUAUGAAAAGGUUGGAUUGUGGCUUGUUGAAAGCUUAUCUAUAUGUGAGAGUUAGGCGUUUGAAUAUUAUAAUCCAACCAAGUUUAAUGUUUGUAUAUGAACUGCUAAAAUGGCAGGAAUUGCUAAACCCUAGUGAUCCGGAUAUCAUUUGGGAUUGGAAUAUGGCUUGUCGCUGUAUUGCACAGCUAAAUAGUAACUAUAUAUAG